AUGAUUAAACAGGCAACGGAUUCUGCAGCUGACAGAUCUUCGCCAAUUUUCGUUCCUCCACAUGUGUCGGCAACAUGUUCAUCAAACGAUCAAAGCGAAAUGAACGUUGAAUUUAAAGCGAGCGGCAUUGAAGCGCAAGACAUUUCUCAAGAUUCGGAUUUUAUAUUCCACGAUUAUAUUGAUCAAAUCGAAGAUAAUCAUUACGAUUAUACCAAAAUUCAGGAUGCUUGUGUAUCUUACGUUAUACCCGUUGUCCAACAGCCUGCUUGCACCACGACCCAGUCAACACCGUUUCUCAAAAGCCAUCUAACACUUCAACGACCACAUCAGCAAAUGCCCGUUCUGCUACCUGCAGCUUUGCUUCAGAAUUACAUACUUUGUCCGAUAAUUAAUUCUUCCUCAAUAAUAUCAGACAGUUUCCUUAACACACCCGCCAACACCAUCCUCAUGUCACCUCUAAUAAAAACUGCAUCUUCAGCCCUAUUUAAUCCAUUAAGUCUCGCGUCACAACAAACACAGCAGUCGUUGAACGGAAUAGAUAAAAAUGGAAGACAAGAAUUAAAGAGAAAAAGGUCUGGACACGUAGAAACAAACAACCGCUUGCAAAAAGUAACAUUGGUUGAAGACAAGAAAUUUGAGGAAGGAUUGUACAACGCGCUAGAACAACAAAAACAGCCAUCAUUUCAAGAAAACAAUAUUCAGGCCGAAAUGCUCAACUCUCAAGAAGGAUCGAAUUCAUUGCAGACUCCAACUCUAUUUGAGCAUAAGCACGCAAUGCUUAGCAAAACACAAACGUCACUUUCUUCAAAUGUUACAUCACCUCCUUCCGCCUCUUCUUUUUCUUACGGGGACUGUCUCACAUCUCAAAUAUUCUUUGACCAUGUAGACAACGAUUUAAGCGUAUCACUUGCUCAUAGUAUCACAGAUGAAACAGACAAAAUUUGUCUUGAUGGAAAGACUGAGGGCAAAGAUGAGGAUAAACAAGAGGAAGACGAAGAGUUUUCGAGAAAGGAGAAAGGCGAAUAUGAGCAUUUGAAUGGUGAAAGUGAUGUGAAUAAGUCCGAGUUGCAAAAACUGAAGUGGGAUGAGCUGUUUAACCAAUUAGGCAUAAAUGAUGUUGCGGAUAAUAACGCCUUAAGUAAUUGUAUUUCGUACAGUCACGUAGAGGGAGAUUCUCCAUCAAUAAACUUAUACCGUGACAUGCUACGUUUGCUCGCAUCUUCACUACUGACAUCACCCACACCGUCACUCCCUACCAUUCCAUGCUCUCCUCCUACUUCUGUUACAAACUCCUCAAAGACACCAUCGGAAACAACACCAACGGCACCAUUGACAGACGCCCAACCACGCAAGCAACUGCUCCAUCAUCCAGGAGACAUGUAUACUCCUCAAUGGGUGAGAUAUACGGGCCGUUUGAAAGAAGGUUUAUGUGAAAUUUGUGAUCCUGGGAAAUGGUUGCAGUUGAAGAACAGUGCAUUUUGGUAUGUUAUGGAAGAAUUUGUGUAG